UUUACGGAAAGCGCCACGGCUCGACGUACACACACCGGUCCCGACCAGGCGAGAGACCCGAGGACUCCCACAACAGACGUGAUAAACCCACACCAUGAACAACAACGCCGUAGCAGUGGCAGGCCGGCCAUCAAGAACGAAAACGGUACCUCUGCGACUGCAGGGUGGAGGUGAAAGUGGUGCAGCUGCUGGGCAUGGUGUUGCCCAGAUCACGCCUGCUGGCGCCGUGCAGCUCCAGCCGGCACCGAGCGGCAUGGUCCGCCAGGCCGUCCACAGCAGGGUUACCCCCCAUACCGAUACACAACAGGGGGUGCCACCUGGUGCGGGGCUGAUGCCGGGCCUCAUGGACACUGAAGGUACUAAAGCUCGUCGGGUGGCCGUAAGCAUGAUUCUGAACGACAAGCAGUUUGGCGAAGCUUCAGGGAAGAAUUGGAGCGAAUCGGACAGCAGCGACGACGACAACGGGAAGGACGCUCCGAUGUCAAGUGGCAGCAGCAAUGUGUCGGUAGAGGAGAGUUCAGUUCCGUCGGACAUAGGCUCACAGGAGCCUGGAGAUGUCGAGUCCGGAGAUAGCGUGUUCGCAAAGGAAAUACGGGAAGCAAUAUUCGGGGGAGGGGGAGCGGGCAGAAAAAAAACCCAUCGCAAGCGGAAGGCGAGCGCCGGCGGCAGCGCCGUAGGGAACAGGAACUCAACAAAGGCAAGCCUAGGAGCGAGUGCCAAGAAAGCCCGGGGCAAGGACUACCCGCUCUGGGCCGCACAUCUGCUGAGGAGGACAUGCGCGCACCGCAAGAUCCCGAGGAUGUCGAAGGAGGGCGACAAGCAUGUCCUGGUGCAGGCCCUGCGAUCUCACGACGGCAACAUGAACCGGCCAUCUCCGUACUAUGACGACCUCAAUGCUAUCACAGCCGACGGCACAGAGCUUUGA